CUAGCAGAAUAAGGUGGACUACAAAUAGAAAAUUCAGUAAAGAUGGUGAUACACGGGGAAUUGGUGGAAUGCUUUUAACAAUUAAAUAUCUAAAUUAGUAGUAAAUAAUUGUUCGUAUUUCGGUCAAUAUGUAAGUGAGGAUUCAUGAGUUUGCAGCUGAUAAUAAUAAACACGUGUCAAUUUGGAAAGUGGGACAAAAGUCGUCAAAAACGAAGGUACGACAGGAUGCUUUGUUUAUGGAGAUCAGCUGUGUUACCAAACAUUCCUAUCGCUUUCGCUGCAGCGUCUACGACGCUUCUAUUUUCGUCGAAUAAAGGUCAGCCAAAAGCAUAGACAAAAGUGAUGCUUGAUGCACAAACGCGAUACAUCAUAAAAGAAGAAUUGUCAAGUGAUGAACAAAGAAUCAAUAGAAGACAAAGAAGAGUUCACAAAAGUUUCAUUCCUUUCAAUAUAUAUAAUAAUAAAAAUAAAAUGCAAUAUGCAAACUAAUAGACAAAUAUAAAUGCAUUUUAUAUGGCUUUAACAAGUUCAUUUGGUGGGUACCUUACAUUUUAGAUGCUUGUGGAGCAACCGUCAACCGGUAGUUAAUUAUUCUUAAUGACAUGUGAGAAUGAAACGAGAAACUGUCAUUACUUGUGUAGAGCCAAACCGACGAGCAAAAACGAUGACAACGGUAUUGGAUGGCAGCUAUCAACGUAUGGAGCCAUAUGAUGGAGAGGAGGAGGAUGGAGAAGAUGAUGAUGAACAUGAAGAAACACCACAGGAAUCUGGUGUUAUGAUACAUGUAGUACCAGAAGGAAAUAAAGCAAGAUGGAAUCAUGUUGAAGAUUUAGAUUCAUUUUUUACAAGAAUGUACCAUUAUCAUCAAAAACAUGGAUUUGCUUGUAUGAUACUUCAAGAAGCGCUUGAACUAGGACAAUUCAUUUUUGUAGUUACUUUUUCAACUUUCCUUUUUCACUGCAUCAAUUAUUCUCUAUUAUUUAAGAAUGGAAAAGAAGGAAAAAUUUCGAUAAGUGACGUAAUUUUAUCAACGAGCGAAUGUGUAGCAUCUAUGGGUCUGAUUACUUGGAUCUGUAUUUUGGUAGCUGCAAUAUUUUGGAUCUUGCGAUUGGUAAAAGUUUUAUAUCAUUGCACGCAGUUUUGGGACAUAAAACUUUUCUUUAAUACCGCGCUGAAAAUUGAAGACUGCGAUCUGGACAAUCUUACAUGGCAUGAGAUACAAAAGCGUGUCAGAGAAGUGCAAAAAGAACAAGAAAUGUGCAUUCACAAAAGAGAGCUUACAGAAUUAGAUAUAUAUCAUAGAAUAUUAAGAUUUAAAAAUUAUAUGGUGGCUAUGAUCAAUAAAUCCUUGUUACCAGUUCGACUUAAAGUCCCUAUUUUAGGAGAAAUUAUUUUCAUGACAAGAGGAUUAAAAUACAAUAUGGAAUUACUUUUGUUUUGGGGACCAUGGUCUCCAUUUGAAAACAAUUGGCAUCUUAAAGAAGAUUAUAAAAAAUUAAAUAAAAGACAAGAGCUUGCAAGAGCUUUAUCUAAACAUAUUUUAUGGGUCGGAAUCGUAAACUUUUUACUUUGCCCAUUAAUUUUAUUAUGGCAGAUACUCUAUUCGUUUUUUAAUUAUGGUGAGAUCAUCAAGCGAGAACCAGGAACUUUAGGUACAAGAAUGUGGUCUUUAUACGGUCGGUUGUAUCUUCGUCAUUUCAACGAACUCGAUCAUGAAUUGAAUGCCCGUUUAAAUCGUGCAUACCGCCCUGCCUCGAAAUAUAUGAGCAUGUUUACAUCUCCUAUUAUGACAGUUAUUGCAAAGAACGUUGCUUUUGUGGCUGGAAGUAUAUUGGCAGUUUUAUUAAUAUUAACAGUAUACGAUGAAGAUGUACUAACGGUGGAACAUGUAUUGACUACUAUAACCAUACUAGGUGCAAUAGUAGCAGGCGCAAGAGCAUUUAUACCUGAUGAAAAUUUAGUUUGGUGUCCGGAGACUCUUUUAACCGCUGUUCUAGCACAUACACAUUAUAGACCUGAUAGUUGGCGAGGUCAUGCUCAUACUCAAACUACAAGAGCAGAAGUAGCACAAUUAUUUCAAUAUCGUGCAGUUCAUCUUUUAGAAGAAUUAAUUUCCCCUUUGGUUACACCAUUUAUUCUAUGUUUUCGUAUGAGGCAACGAGCCUUAGAUAUUGUCGACUUCUAUCGUAAUUUUACAAUUGAAGUCACAGGAGUUGGAGAUGUUUGUAGUUUUGCACAAAUGGAUGUGCGAAAACAUGGAAAUCCAAUGUGGCAGACAGCAACUCAAAUUCAUAUCCCAGAUCGGGCUGCCAAAUAUGAUAAUCAAUAUGCUACAGAUCCAGAGAAACUUCAAAUCCCUAUUUCGGAUCAAUAUACUCAAGCAGAAGAUGGGAAAACGGAAUUGUCUCUUAUACAUUUUACUUUAACGAAUCCUGAAUGGAAACCACCGAGUCAUGCUGAAAAUUUUGUCACAGCCUUAAGAGAAAGAGUAAAGAAAGAUGUACAUGGAGGCGGACAUGAAAUCAAUCCCCUUUUAGCAAGUUUAAAUAGUUUAUCUGGUUUAGGACCAGGCUACAACGAUAUUAUAUCAAACAUAAUUCGAAGCACAAUGAUAAAUCAAGCAAGUGGGCCAAGCACGAGUACUAUGUUCACGAAUCAACCUUGUACUUCUGUUUGUACUUCCGGAAAUGAAAUGUUGAACAUGAAAUCAGACAUAUUUCCGCACGCAGUUCAAUGUGGCUUAAGCAAAGCCGAAGGUCCUGUACACAAUGAAAAAGGAUUAUUAUAUGGGUUACAACAAGAAAUAUCAAAUCAAUCUUUAGGCGCUUCUGUCUUUGUAUCGAGUCAUGAAUUUUCUACUGAUUUAUCUAUACCAGUGGAAUUAAUUGCUGCCGAUAUGUCACUGUCUACAUUGUACCUGCAUGAACUUCAUCAUAGACAAGUUCGGAGAAGGGGCUAUCAAGAAUUGGCUAUGAGAAGUGUAUGGCAACGAAGUCCUGUUCAAGAGCUUGCUACCCUUCCUGAAAUUAGACAAGAAAGAGCACCUUUGCUCUUACAUCAGGAUUCUUCAAUAAGAAAUAACAGAGAAUUUAAAUAUAAUUUAAACACUCAUUUAGAUAGCAUCUGAAUCUUAAGUGCAAUGAUAUCAUCACUUUUAACAAAAUAAAAUAUUUUAAUUCGCUUUACAACGCGAUGUCCUCGUGAUUUACUUUAUAGCAAAAAAAUAGCUUGAACGUUUAAGAAUCUGUGUUAUUGAUGUAAAUACAAUAUUGAAAUAUUCGUUAAUUAGACUCGAUUAGAAAAUGAACGAUCUCAAAUGCCUAUUUUAACUUUGAAGGCCUACGUGUGUGUAUUUUGCGCAUCAAAUGCUUAUAAAUAUUUCCUAAAAUUAUACUAAAUUUUUUAAUAUUAUUAUGUUGCAUUAUAACAUAAGGAUUACAAUAUGAUAAUAUAAAUAGAAAUGACUUAUCAUAGAUUUAUGAAAUAAAAAUUUCGGUUUUUUUACAUUUCAUUAUAGUA